UUUGUAUCUACUAAUGUUGGAACAUUGUUUGGUGGCGCUAUCUCCACCGUCUUCCCUCGGAGAUUUGAGAAUGUGAGUAAUAUCCGACAAGUUCCAGAUCAUCAGGAAGUGUUUGUCGAUCCUUCAAGAGAUGAGAGCUUGAUAUUUGAGUUGUUGGAUUUCAAGAAUGAGGUUGGUGAUAUUGGCAGUGCUUCUUGGUUCCUUAAUGAUCUUGCGCGUGAGCAAGAUGCUGAAGGAUUUCAGUUGAUUGAACAAUCAGAGGUCAUUGAGGCGCCUGGACUGUCGUACAGAAACAUCCCUGCUGUUGCAACAACUGCUAUUGGAGAGAUGGCUAUAUCCAAAGGAAGACAGGGAAGAGAAGCACAAAACCUAGUGAGGGUAUAUGUGGCAAAUCUGCGUCUUAAGGGAGUUGAUACAGAUGUCUUAGUGACUGCCUAUGAACCUAUACUGAUGUCCCACAAACGUUAAAUUUUGACCAUGUUCCCUGAAGCGAAAAGCAUAUAUAAUUAUGAGUAUUAGUCACAAAGAAGAAGUAAGAGUUCUUAAUGAAAAGAUAAGUUGCUUAAUGAAAAGAUAAGUUGCUUAAUAUAAUUAUUUGGACUGGACCACGAUCCACUUGAGUUCUUACUGGUUUUGUUCCCUCGGUAUAGGAUGCAGUUCAAGGCUCUAUGGGACAUGAACUCUAGUGUGGCUGCAGCCUACAACAGCCUACAGGUAAUCACUGUCUAGCUUGUUUUAAAGUUUAUACCAAACCCUGUGACACACCUAGAAGCUUUGAAAGAUAAUUUAAAAAUAUAUUUAGUAAUUAGUAAAUACUAACUAGAUAUUAGAAGAUUUAGUCGUUUAGCUUUUGUAUAAAAGCUGAAAACCCUAGAUAGUUUAGCAUAAUUCAUUGAUUUGCUUGACAAAACACACGAUUUCAUCGAGACACGCGACUUCAUCACGACUUCAUCGAGACACACCAAACCCUGUGACACACGACUCCAGUCCUCAAAGUCUAUUGUGAUGGAUUCAAAUGAUUCUUAUGAUCUGAGAUCAAUAGACUUAGAGUCUCAAAGAGUAAUUGAUGCUGCAAACGCUGAAGAAGAACAGAAUAUGUUUGAUGGAGCAAAGCCAUCUACAAGUCGUAAGAGAGCAUCAAUUCAUAUUGAUGACGAUGAUGUUGAACAGGAGAAAGGAAAGACAACAUCAACACAACCGAAGAAGAGAAAGCAGAAUAAGUUUGAUGGAGAUCAAUCCUCUAAAUCUGGUAAAAGGGCUGCAAUUGAUAUCGAUGAUGAUGAUGAUGAUCUACAUGAUAAUGUCAAAGGAGAUAAAGGAAAAGGGAAAGCAACAUCAACAGAACCAACAAAGAGAAAGCAGUAUGCAGAUUGCUGGGAGCAUUUUUUAGUGGUUAAGAAGACUAUUAAUGGAAAACUUCAAGAGAGAGCCGAAUGCAAGCACUGCAAGAGGGAUUAUGCCUACAAUUCACACAAGAACGGUACACAUUCUUAUAAUCGUCAUAUGGAAUCAUGUAAGGUUCGACUUAGUAAUGCUGAUAUUAGUAAAGUGAUGCUCAACUCUGAGGUAAGAUUACAAGAUAGGAAGAUAGAUCAUAUGGUUUUUCGUGAAAUGGUAGCUAAGUGUAUCAUUCAACAUGAUCUCCCAUUUGCCUAUGUUGAAUAUGAGAGAGUUAGAUCAGUUUGGAAGUAUUUGAACGCAUAUGUGAAGUUUAUAAGCAGGAACACAACUGCAGCAGACAUUUACAAGUUAUAUGAGACUGAGACAGAGAAUUUAAAGAGAGAAUUAGCUAACCUUCCAGGGAGGAUUAGCUUCACUUCUGAUUUGUGGACUGCAAUCACUCAUGAGGGCUACAUGUGUCUAACAGCACACUAUGUUGACAGGAACUGGAAAUUAAAUAGCAAUAUUAUUGCGUUCUAAGCGUUUCCGCCUCCAUAUUCAGGUAUGCACAUAGCAAUGGAGAUUUUGGAGAAGUGGAAGAAUUAUGGAAUUGAAAAAAAAGUGUUUUCCAUCACGUUAGAUAAUGCUAAUAACAAUGACACAACACAAGAGAUUCUGAAAUCUCAGCUUAUGUUGCGGAAUGAUUUGUUGUGUGGAGGAGACUACUUUCAUGUGCGAUGCGCAGCACAUAUUCUUAACAUCAUUGUUCAGAUUGGCCUGACAAAUAUAGGUGAUACAUUGGAAAAGAUUAGAGAGAGUAUCAAAUAUGUUGAAGCUUCUGAAAAACGUGAAAUAUUGUUUGCAAAGUGUGUUGAAGCGGUUGGUCUACAGUUGAAAGCGGGCUUGAUUAUGGAUGUUAAAACUAGAUGGAACUCAACAUACAAGAUGCUUGAUAGGGCUCUCAAGUAUCGAGCUGCCUUUGGUAAUCUCAAAGUCAUUGAUGGGAGAAACUACAAGUUUCACCCUACAGAAGCUGAAUGGCACCGAUUGAAGCAGAUUUGUGAGUUUUUGGAGCCUUUUGAUGAAAUCACUAAUCUGAUCUCAGGUUCAACAUAUCCAACUUCAAACUUGUAUUUCAUGCAAGUUUGGAAGAUCAACAAUUGGUUGAUAUCGAAUUCACAGAAUCAAGAUGAAGACAUCAUAAGUAUGAUUGUUCCAAUGAGAGAAAGGUUUGAUAAGUAUUGGGAAGAGGUUAGUGAUGUCUUUGCAAUGACUACAGUGUUUGAUCCAAGGUUGAAGCUAACACUGGUCAAUUAUUGUUUUGAAAAGAACGACAAGGGUUCUGCUGAGAUAAAGAUUAAACAUUUGCGUGGUAAGCUUGCUACUCUUUUUGAAUCUUAUGAGAAUAAGUCCAUUUUCACAUCAUCUUCUACAGAGACACGUGAAACUAAUCAUCAAACUGAUGAGAAUGAAGGAAAAAAAAGGAGUUUUGGCAACUAUGAUGAUUUUAUUAACUUCCGCAAAAAAACUGUUGUUACUAGUGGAAAGUCUUCUUUGGAAAUGUAUCUAGAUGAUCCGCCGAUAGACAUGAUAGAGUAUGAGAGUUUGGAUAUUUUAAAAUAUUGGAAAGAUAACUCUCAGCGGUAUGGAGAACUGGCGUCAAUGGCUUGCGACCUCCUUAGUAUACCAAUCACAACAGUAGCAUCUGAAUCUUCUUUUAGUAUUGGAGCUCGAGUUUUGAACAAGUACAGAAGCCGUCUUCUCCCAAAGAAUGUUCAAGCACUAAUAUGCUGCCGCAAUUGGUUAAAAGGUUUUGAAGCCUAUGAAAAUGAGGAGGAUGAAGAAUUUGAUGAAGAUGAGACAUUACCUUCUUUCCAAUCAAUUGUUGAUGAUGAAGCUUGAUUUGGUUAAAGAGACAUCUUUACCUUGAAAUUUUUAUUUUCAGCUUUCCAUUUCAUUUUAAUACUUUGGUUUAAUGUUUCAGUUUAAUACAUUGGUUUUUUGUUUCUGCUUACUAUUUAUCUGAUUUAAAUUUCAGUUUAAACAUAUUCAUUA